GCACCCGGUAAGGUUUGUUCGAGAAUAGCAGUUGCGGAAAACGAAAUAACCCUUUCCGUACCCUUUGACACACAUUAAAAGUUUGUUAGGUUACAAUUUUCAAAACUUCCUGGCAGAAAAGAUGGAAGAGAGCACAGAUAAGUACAUCAUAGAUAUAGUCAAAUCAUUUGUCCUGGACAGAAAGUAUGAAAUGCUUGCUAUCUUUAUGGACAGUCUGGACGAGAAGAGAAAAGAAAGUUUGAUGCAGUAUGACGAAUUUUGUCGGGCUCUGAUCGCUUUCAACUUCGAAAAAAGGGAGUUCAAGAAAGUAUACCAUAUUCUUGAAACGGGGAAAUUUAAGGAGACAACAGAUUUAUUAGAAGUUUGGGAUCAGGCUCAUUACAGAGAACGGGAGCAUGUCAUUAACAAACCCCUCAACCCGCUGAUGAGAUUCAGGGUCCGCAAAAAGUACCCACCACCAAAAAAUAUCUGUCCCACUGGAGAGAGGCCUCAACACAAAUUACCAGAGAUAGCAAGGGAGACACUGAAAAACUGGUUUGCUCAACAUGCUAACAACCCCUACCCCUCCAAGGCUCAGAGAGAGGACUUGUGCAAGGCUACUGGUCUUACAGACUAUCAGGUCAAAACUUGGUUUUCAAAUGCAAGACGUAAAGUCAAACACAGCACUUUUGGAGGCAAGAAAGAACAGGCUAAUGGUACAGCAAAGUAUUCUGUGACAGAUUCAGUGAAACCCCAGUUUUAUUUAAAUCCUAAUGCUGCAACAUCAUUUGACACUGGAGAGAAAUGGUGCAGUGAGUGGCAGGAAUGGCAACAAAAAACCCUGGGAAACAUUUCCCAGCCAUAUAAUUAUCAGAAUACAAGCCUAUCCUAUGAUAUGAAAUUCUGGCCUAGUGAAGAUUAUCAGUCACAGUGUUUUAAAGAGUCAGUGUUUCCUGUAAAUGUAUCAAGCCAGUACAUGGGAGAGCCAAAAUAUAUAUAUGGGGAUACCUUUUGUCAACCUUUGACCUACCAAACAUCAGCAAACCAGUUUUGCAGACAGUGUUGUCUCAGAGAAUCCUAUGAAGCUUCCUUUCAGUGUCAGUAUAAUGGCAACGGGGUUCAGUAUAAUGGUGACACUGAGGCAGCAUUGAUGUUGUUAGAUUUACAGAAACCUUUGAUCUCGGGAGAAUUUGCUCCUCACAUGAGCUGAAGCAUCCAAACCAUGAGACAGGGAUCUGGAAGCUAUCCAUCCUGCUUGUAUAAUUAUUUAAGAUUUUUGGUUUAGCAUCAACUGAGUUGGUUGUUCAACAUUGACACAUAAAUUGUUCUCUCUGAGAACUUGUAUUUUGAAGCAUUCUCAUAUUUUGUACAUUAUGGUUUAAAUUAAUUUUAUUUUUACCCUUAUAUAUCUUGUAGUUUAUUUUUAGAUUACUACAGUACCAUACAAAUGCAUGUGCUUUUUAAUGAAAUUAACAGAUUUGGUUGUACAUGUAUAUAUUUAUAAUUAUAUUCGUGUUAAGCUUCAACUGAACAAAAGAUUUCUAUAACCAGAUUUCCUGAAAUAUGAAGUCUAAAAGUCGAUCAUCCAUUAAACAACCAUUUGAUUUCUUCUCCAUACUGAAUUUCCUGCAAGUUAGGUGCAACUCUGGUAAUCUAUAGAAAUUAAUUUAUUGAGCAAUUUGAAUUGGACAGUUAUGCUCGCAUGCCUAUAAUCCUAAUUAUCAUAAUGAAUUAUUUGUGGCUUUUAGGCCUCUUAUCUAAGUCUACAUUUGAUUUUUUUGUACGCAAUGAAUUUCUUUUCAACUGUGUAUGACAACACCUAUAUAUCUUGUUUUGCAUGUUGCAGGCAGUCUGCUAUGUAUGAAUGGUCAUUAUUUAUUGAAUAUUUUCAUGUUGAUCAUUAAAUUAUUUACUUUAUUUAUAACUGUUUAUUUAUGCUAUUUA